CAAUGGGGAGCGGCGUUGCUGCGGGGCGCGCUGGCAGCGCGCACGCCGAGUCUCCUUGGGGCCGUCCGUGUGUCCGCGGGCCGGCAUGGGCGGCGGCGGCAGCACCCGGCGCGUCACCUUCGAGGCGGAUGAAAAUGAGAACAUCACCGUGGUCAAGGGCGUGCGGUUGUCUGACAGCCUCAUCGACCGGAUGAAGGAACCUUCCUCACCCAGUGGGAGACAGCAGCGAGGAUCAGGUGCAGUUAAUGAUGAAGAACUGAAGAAGAGAAUAGCUGAGGAACUGGCGCUGGAACGAGCCAGGAGAGACUCUGAAGCUCAGAAGAGGAGGUUGAAACAAGAUCAGAUGUACGUUCGGGAUGACCUUGGGAAGCUCCUGGAACGGGAGAGGAUCUCCUCAAACGAGCACCUGGCUCGAGUCAUCCUUCGGGAGAGGGCGGCCUCGGAGGAGGAGCGGCAGAAGGCUCUGCGCCUGGCCAAGCAGGUGGAAGAGAAGGAGAGGGAGCUGAAGAAACACGAUGCCUACUACAAAGAGCAGCUGGCUCGGCUGGAAGAGAGGAGUGCCCAAUUCUACAAGGUCACCACUGAGCAAUACAAAAAAGCUGCUGAUGAAGUCUCAGCUCGGUUCAAGAGAUACGAGUCCCACCCGAUCUGUGGGGAGCUGCAGCAGAAAAUCCUCCAGUGCUACCAGGAACAUGCCAAGGAGACCCUGAGCUGCUCUGCCCUGGCCAGCCAAUACCUGCACUGUGUCAAUCAUGCCAAACAGCAGAGAAUGCUUGGGAGAGGAGGAUAAAGGCAUUGUCCAAAUCAAGCACAAGACCAUCAACUAAUUUCAGCAGAAGAGCUUUGUUUUUUUCUCCCCAAGAACGAUCCAGCAGCCCAUUUGCAGGGCAGCCCAGUAAAGAGAAGAAGUGGAAGAGCCAUUUGAAGGGCAGCAUCCUCACGGCUCAAUCAGCGCGAGCGCUCGAGAAGCCGAGACCUGGAUCUUAUUCCAUCAGAGCUCGCCCGCCCGAGCCCGCCGCUCGGCCUUAUCAAAGCCCACUUAUUGCUGAUUGAAGGAAGGGAAAGAAAAGAACCUUUCCCUGACCUCAGAGAGGGGAGAUACCCUUCAAAUGCUGCUGUUUCACUGCAGAACCUCCUCAGAAACAUCUCUCUGUCGGAGGCGGGGGUGUAACCCUCGCCGCGCCGGGACGCGGCCGUUCCUCGGGAGCGGUGUCAGAGUUCCCCUCGCAGUGUAAGGUUUUAAAUUGUGCUUUAACUUAUUUCCCAAACGACCUGGCUGCCUCUGCAGGCCUUCUGCUGGAGUGGUGUUCGUGAUCCAACGCUUAGGGUGCACCAUGGCCUUUUAUUUCCGUGGGAUGGUUCUGUUGUGCUCCUCGCCGGUAUCGAGUCCUGACAAAAAUGCCUCUCUCUGUACCAACAAUAAAUCUAUUUUAUGCACAAGA